AGCAGGCUCCAGGCUCUGAGCUCUCAGCACAGAGCCUGAUGCAGGGUUUGAACCCACGAACUGAGAGAUCAUGACCUGAGCCAAAAUCGGAUGCUCAACUGACUGAGCCACCCAGGUGCCUGAGACAUUAUCUUUUUUACCAGGCAGAUGGCAUUUGCAUCCCUACUAUACAAAAAUCAUAUGCUCUUUAUCUAUUUGCUAAAGUUAAUAGAAGUAGUAAGUCAAACAAAAUAUAUUUAUAGAGAGUUAGAUAAACUUUGGGUGGUCCUGUUAGACAGUGCUCUGGUAUGACAUUGGAAAGGCACACAAUAAUCCUUUCGCCUUUUUCAGAAUUUGGAUAACUUCUCUGAAUGAUAUCAUUUUCCUUCAGCCUUUUCUUUUUAGGGGUAAAAUGCGGGGGGAGAUACAUGGAGUGGAAGUGACUUGCAGUGACCAUUAGUAGUAGGUUUGGAAAUGUGAUACUCUUGAUUUCAAUUUCCAUCUCCUGGUGUUGGGGUGUUAUGAAGCACUCUUUGAGAAAUUAGCAACAAUUACCCAAAGCAAGACAGCAGAAUAAAGUAUGAUCCCCCUUGUUCCCAUCAUUGGGGCUGUCUAGCAGGGUGUCAGCAGAUGACCCACCCAGGGUGGAACAUUCCUGGCCACCUAAACAUUGUUAUGUAAUGGUGUAAGUGCUGAAAUAUAUUGUGUAUCUAUAUUUCUCAAACUUGAAGUAAUAUCAGAAUCAUCUGGGGUCUGAACUACAAGCUCAGGUGUUUGGGCUCACUCUGGACCCAGUAAAUUAAAACCUAUUCCCUGCAUAAUUCCUACUUAGUAGGUUUAGAGGAGGGCUGAAGAAUCAAUAUUUUACUAAUGACCUUAGGGAAUAGAGUGCACUCCCGCUGUUCACAUGCCCACAGGGCAGCUGAAGACAAAGCCUGGCUAAGGUCAACUAGCAGAGUGAUUUUAUUUGCUUGGGUAGCCAGUGACUCUUCUGUGGUUGAUGCCUUCUGGCGGACAUUAACAAAAAAAAUACAAACAUCUUCGCAUUUUGUGCGCAUUCCCAUAUGUCCAUCCACAUGUCUUUGUAUCUCUUUAUCUUUUAGUCUUCUGAUCAGUGAGCAGGCAUUGACCACUGCCCAAGAAUCUAUGUGUAUUGUCCUUUUGGGACAUUGUUUUUUUGUUUCGUUUUUUGGGGACAUUUUGUAUUUUGUUUUGUUGUCUACUUGUGUGUUCUUGCAGUUCACUGAAUUUCUUUAAGAGGGUUAUUCAGAGUUCUUUGUCAGACCAUUUUUCUCCAUUUCUUUAGGGUCAGUCAUUGGAACUAUAUUAACUUUCCUUGGCGAUAUCAUGUUUCCUUGAUUAUUUGUGAUCCUUGUGGCCUUUAUUGGUGUCUGUGCAUUUAAGGAAGUAGACACUUCUUUCAGUCUUGGCAGGCUGGCUUUGGAAGGGAAAGCCCUAUACCAGGCAGCUUGUCCAAAGAUUCUGCGUGGGCUUGUUCUGAAGUCCUCAGACAGGCAGGUCUGGUGCCUGGAUCAGCAGGUGGGCAGACCUGGUGCUUGGGUCCAUAGGGGCCGGUCUGGUGUCUGGGUUCACUGGGACAGGCCCAGUGCCUGUCUGUGGUGGUGGGCCUGGGACCCGGGUCUAUGUGGAUGGGCCUGGUGUCUGGGUCCACAGGAGCUGGCCUGGAAGCUGAGACAUGGAGGCCACCCCAGCAGUUGGGCAAGCCUGAGCCUGGGGCCAUGGGAGUCAGCCUGUAGCCUGUAGCUGCAGGGGCCAUGAAGGACCACUCGAAUCCCCGGGGGCUGGCUUGGAGGCUAGGGCCCAGGGAAAUGUCUGGAGACUGGAGCUCUAGGAUCCAACCUGGUGCCAGGGUGGGCUGGGAGCCUGUAUCCAUGGGAGCCCAUGUGGAGCGUAGGUUUAUGGGGGGGAGCCUGUCUAAAGCCUGAGGCAAUGGGGCUGGCCUGGUGCUAGGGUGAACAGGUGGCCUGGAUCCACAGGAGACUGCCUGACCUUGGCCAAUGGUAGCAGCGUGGCACAGGGGCAGGCCAGGACCCUCCUUCCAUGGGAACUUAUUUGGGGUCUAGGUCUGUGAAGGCUGACCUGGGUGCUGAGGCAGGCUGGUAGCCUGGGUCCAUGAGAGUGAGCCUGAUACUAGGGAGGGCCAGGAGUCUGGAUUUGCAGGAAGUUGCCUGGAGCCUGGGUUUGUGGGGGGUCUUCCCAGUGCUGGAGUGGACAGGUAGCCUGGGUUUGUUGGAGCCCACCAGAAAUCUGAGGCAUGGUAACUUGGCCUGGUACCAGAGUAGGCCAAGAGCCUCAGGCCACAGAAGUCAGUCUGGUGCUGGUGUGGGCUGGUGGUGGAGUCUGCUGUGAAGUCAGUUCCUUACUUCACCCAUUCUGUGAACUGGAUGUCUCUCUCCAUGCUGGGAUACUCUGGCUUGGGGGGUGGGUGAUGGGAGUAAUAUGAAAUUAUAUUUCCUACCCUUUUUUCAAUGUAUCUUUUCUUAUUUCUGUGCUCCACCCAGAUGCUGUCAUCCCUCACCUGAAAUUCUUAACUCUUGUGAAGGUAUUUUUGUGUAUGGAUAAUUGUUCAAAUUGAUGUUUCUGGGAGGCAAAGAGUGCUAGAAAUUCCUAUACCAUCAGCUUGCUUUACUCUCUAAUUCUCUCCUCUGGUGUGUGUUGUCUGUUGCCAAAUACAAAUUUUGGUUUAUUUUAAUUUUAUUUGUUGUAUUAUAUUGUUCUAGAGAUGCUGUUUAAUGCUUCCAAAUCUGCCACUUUUCAUAGUUUGCUACUCUAGGAAAACAUCCAUGUUUGUCAUUUGCUUCUUAAAUAUGGUUAGGAUAGUUGUUUUAAGCUCUGUGUAUAAUAAUUAUAAAACCAGAUGUCUCUGUAUGUUUCUACUAUCUUGCUUUGUCUAUUUUUUUGGUUCUUGUUCUUGUGAUCUUGUUUACUUAUAUGCCUGGUGAUCUUCAACUCUUUGUGGCUUGUUGCCUUUGUAAAAUUAUUUAAGUGGCUCUGCCCUCCUCUAGAUGGGUUUUCUCUUUUUGUUUCUGGUGGAAAGCAUUUGGCCUACAUUAAACCAAAUGCAGUUUGAGAGUUCCUGGCUCAAUCAAACUGUGAGUACUCAAAGUGAAAAUCCUCAGGAGGGCAUGUUCAUGGCCACAGCCUUCCAGGAAUUACUUCUUUUCUUUAUAUCUUUCCUUCACCCACUUUGUUCAGUGCCAAGACCAUCUACUUCAUGGGUUCCAGAGAUUGAGUGAAUCUAGAUCUGGUUUGCUUGCCUAGUCCUAGGCAGCCCCUGAGUCCUGAUCUCUCUCUCUCUCUCUCUCUCUCUCUCUCUCUCUCUCUCUCUCUCUCGUGCUGGUGUGACUAGAGUAUGGCAUGGGCGCAUGCUAUAGCAGCACAGAACAUAUCGUGGCUUUAAGGCUCCUUUAUUUCAGAUCCUGAUUCUAUAUGUCUGGGAUAAAGCCUGAGAUUCUGCAUUUCUGACAAGCUGCCAGAUGAUGCCAAUGCUGCUGGUCCACAGAUCAUACUUUGAACAUCAAGGAUGUAUAGAACAAGGACUCUUUCAUUUAAUAACUUGGCAAUAUGUGAACAAUAGUCAAACUGAGUGAUAGGAAUUGUGCUAUAUAAAUUGGGAGAGAUUUAUGGAACUGAGGGGACUAUGUUAGACCAUGACCUGACUAGUGAAGGAUAGAUAUGGAUGGAUAAGGGAAUGAAAUCCUAAUUCAGAUCCAGUUUGGGCUACUUGAAGAGAGAAGAAAGGCUAUAUCUCUAGAUUUUAUUCAUAUGGAGUUCUUUUUUUUACAGAGAAAGAGGUUUCCUUCACAUAUUUUGACCCAGGGGCCCUUCUCAGGAUCACCCACCACCUCGGUGGUAAAGGAUGCACCUCCAUUCUAGGGAGACAUAAGUUGAGGUCUUGUGUUAUCUGGUGUCACCAAAGCCCCCAUCACCUCAACUAAUGGCACUGUGGACUAAGUGCCUAGGCUACACGGAGCUCCAUGUAUUUAUAGGAUGAAAUAAUGAAUCUGAAAGGCUCCAUCCACAUCUUAUUAGCUGUGGUCCUGAAUGAAUUUGCGUUAGUAUAUGCAGCAUCCAUAUCAAUGUGUCCUGAAUGUUUGCUUCUUUGUACCUUAUGUCAGGACAUUGAGAUCCUCUCCUCAAGAUUUCCAAGUGGGUCCAGUCCUAUAUAAGGAGCAUGGGGGUGAUGUCAUAGGCUCUGGACUUUCUUCUUUGAGCAUGGAAAUCAACUCAUGCUAAUGGAUACCUGGGGAAACUCCUCUUCAUAGCCACAGAUCGAUUUUGAAUCCUAGUUUUGACUCAGACAUACCUACUGCACAUUUGAGUAUGAGUGCUUCAUGAUUCCACACUCUUGAGGGAAUGGCUAUGGAGCUACUCAGGACAAGAUCAUAACGAUCUUUAUAUCCCACUGUGCAGUGAGAAUCCCUUGGAAGACUAUAUAGUGUGAACUUGAGAGUGUCUUUAUGUGUUAGGUAGGCUGAUAAGGUAGCACAAAUGUCAAGAGCUAAGAUGAUCUACUGGUAGUCAAAGCAAAAAGGCUGGUAGAGACAAAUAGGCUGAUCUGGGGUCUAGUGACAGACAUAGGAGACUCAAUAGGCCAGUUGCUACAGGAAGGUGUCAUGUACUGGGGACUUUGCAUACUCUUCUUUAACCAACACAAUAAUCCAGCAAGGUACAAUGCAUUCAUAUAACAGUCAUCUUGGGAUCAGAGAUGUGAAAGGAUUGUGCCAAGGACACAAGUCCAAAAGUUGCAAAGCCUAAUUGUGAACAUACAUCUUUUGAAUACGAGUCUCUGGCUCUUGAAUACUAAACUACUGUCUUAGUCUGUUUUCUCCCUGAGAAACCCUAGCAUUGUUUCAGAAGCUGGGGAGGCUAAGAUAUUAACCCACCAGUCCCUUCCCCCAUUGGUUGAGGUUGCUAUUGAAAUAAAUACCCUUGAGGUGUGAAGCAGACAGGUGCUAGAAACUGCCACAGUGAUGGUGAACUCAGUUGGGCUGAAGGGAUUGGGGCAGGGUAUCUACAGCAUUGUCUAAGCUUUCCUUCAGGGAAAACCUAAUGUGUGUUCCUAAUGUGUGUUUGCUAGAUUAGAGCACUGGAGCAUCUGGGAGGCAUACUCCCUGCCCCACUAAUCUAGGUCAGUGACCAGUAGUCCAUGAUGGGCAGGGUGCCCAGGAGCUGGCCUUGCCCAGGGGAGGCUCCCUUGAGUGGAGAAGCAGCAUGCAUACAGGCUCUGAAAAGCUAGAGAAGCAUACACUGGGGUGUUUUUACCUGGUCUGAGAUUGGUAGAGAAUACGGUGAUUGUGAACCAGGAGUAGUUGCAAGCUACACAGGUCUUAGGGGACCCAUUCCUUCCUUAGUCUACUUCCUACCUUGAACCUACUGGGGGCUUCCACUCCUAGGAAUAACAUUCCAGUGUGUCAUUUUGUGGCAAAAGAAUCCAGUCAUCAGCCCUGGGGCAGUCCCAUAAUGUUUCUUCCCUCAAACUCAGUGUUGAUGACUAUAUUUCCUGGUUGUUGCUCUUAAGAGCUUACUUAGCAUGCCCUACUUUUUCAGGGUGAAUGGGCAAGUCACAGUCAUACUUGGUUGACAUUUACAUAAAGACUCACUGAAUCUCUGCACCAGGAACCAGAAAAUAUUCAGCGUCAGGCAGUCCCAACCCAAGUGAGGUAGAACCUCCUUCCUUCCCUGUGUGUAUAAAAAGCUUGGAACCUGUUGGAUUCAGUCAGAGCACCUAAAUCUGGAAGAAGCCAUAGUCCAUAAUAACAGAUUACAGGUGUAGUCUGAAGCCAUGAAACCUGCUGAUCUUUGAUCUUCUUUUGCUUCUGGGGAGUCCUAGACAGCUUUCCAGAGCCCUUGGAUGCAGCUAGAACCUUUACUUUGGAUCCAGGGGAAAAAGCAUCUCUUGGACAAAGACCUGCUGCUGACAACCUCCUCUCCAUCGUCUGAUUUACCUUGUCUUCUUCACAGGAAGCUCUGAAGCCAGCAUGGCCACCCCCCAAGCGGUAGACUAUUCCAGAAUCUUUGGUGUUCAUGAUUCUCUACAGAUGGUGUGGGCCCUGAAUGGAAAUUCUUUAAUAACAACUCCUUUUAACAACAAUGUCAGUCCUGUCAGUCUUGACUUAAUGACAUGUAUGGACAAAGAAUUCCAUGAUGCAGGAAAAGGCAAUCCAGUUUACUUGGGAAUCAAGAACAACCAUCUUUGUCUUUUCUGUGGAGAAAUUCAGGGCCAGCCAACUUUACAGCUUAAGGUGAUGAACUCAGCAAGGAGACUGACUCAGUGCGAAACUUCCCAUUGCAGACCAGACAAAGCACAUCCUCGUGGGAUCUACUUCCUUUAUCACCGGACUGAAGCUACAGAAUCUGGUUCACUUCCUAGCUGUUCUGUGGACAGAGGUCCAGCAAUGGCCAAACCACACAAUCUGUGGGAGGUGAGUCCUCAGACUCUUGGAGGCCUCAGAAGUACAGAUGAACAAAGCACCUGGACCUGCUUUGGAGGGUCUCACCAUGAUCUGAGCAAGAGCGGGAACCAUACCCCACUCCGGAGCACUGCCAAUCUCACAAAGGUGGUGAGAAUCACCAUGGGGAAGCAUUACCCCUUUGCAGACUGGGACAGCUUCUGGGGCAACCUCCAUGGCCAUAUAAAGUCCAUGAAGACUUGAGAUAUUUCCUAAGAAGGGGAGACACCCACUGAAGACUGAGGAGAAUGAAAAGAGAACAGGAGCAGAAAUGCCCCAUAGUGAUGGCAAAGUGUAUUCGUUACCUAUUGCCGUGUAACAAAGUAUUCCAAGCCUUAGCCGCGGCUUCAAACAGCAAGCAUUAUUCCACAGAGGUUCUCAGAAUCCGGAAUCCAAAGAGUGGCAUUAUCUGGGUCUGGCUCAGGGUUCCUCAUGAAGCUGCAGUCAAGAUGUCAUCAGGGCUGCCUCAUCCGAAGGCUGGAAUGAAGAUGUGGGGCCUGUUUCUAAGAUUGCUCACACAUAGCUGUUGUCAGGAGGCCUCAGUUCUCCACCACGUGGGCCUCUCCACAGGCUGCUGGAGUGUCCUCCUCACCUGGCAGCUGGCUCCCCCCAGGGGUGAGAGCCAAGAAAGAUCAGGAAGAAGCUACAAUACCUUUUGUGAUCUAGCCUCAGGUGUGACAAGUCACUUCUACCAGGUAGUAGAUUCUUUGGAAGCAAGCGACUAAGUCCAGGCCACACUUGAAGGAAAAUUAAGCUCCACCUCUUAAAUGGUAGAGUAUUAAAGAAUUUGUGGACAGAUUUUAAAACCACCACACGUGAUGUGUGACUUGGGGCGAAAUAACAUUGUCUUAAGUAUUACCAGUUUAGUUUUCAACAAGUCCAAAAUAGAACUCUCAUACAAACACAAAGUGGGCAUGUGCCAAAGAUUUACCAUUGUUAAUAAAUGAAGGAACCAGCAGGACGAUGAAACUGAUUCAAAAGGUAUGAUCAGUCAGGAAAGAAAUGGUGGAAUGGGUUAGCUGACUUAGAUUAAGAAAAACAAAAACAAAACCUAAUGAAUUGCAAGGCAAUAAAACUGCACCCUUUGGAUGCUAUUUUUUUUUAUCAGGCAGAAAUGAUUUGCAAUUUAUCUCUCUCUUCUUAGUUCACAUCUAACUUCGCAGAAUCUGGUAUCUACUCCACCAUCAUAAGUCAAGCCAAGGCAUCCGUUUCCUAGAGAAUUGAGUAACCACUGGUGGAGCCUGUUCCAUGAUGUUCCAAUGCAACAUUGAAAGCACAUGUGGUCACCAUUUUGUCUUUUUUCAAGAUUGAAGAACUUAACUUUUUUUUUCUAAAUUUUUUUUAGCGUUUACUCAUUUUUGAGAGAUAGGGAGAGACAGAGUAUGAGCAGGGGA